GGGGACUGUAGCGGCCAGUCCACAUGUGGUGUUUGAAGAAGAAAAAUAAACCAAUCACACGCAUUCGAAUCCUUGGUCUCGUCUCGUCGCGUCGUUGAAGCGGGGGAGGGUUGUACACCAACAAUCCACUGAGAAUAAAGUUAGUUGUUGGGACGAAAGAAACGGAUAUCAAGAUCGUGUCUCCCACAACAAUAGAGCAGUGGGAGGGAGGGGAGGCAAAGACAAUCAGCCAAAGAAAAAAGGCGAACCCCACAAGUCGGAUUUUGUCGAGUACAUUCCGUACUGUACGCGAGGUUGUACUGUACCGGUGGGAUUUGAGUGAAUCGAACCAUGUUUUCUUCCUUUGUACCGUCGGUGUUUCGUCGUCGGAGACGAGACGGAGGCUCUACAGAUCAUGGUGAAGACGGCAAUGGCAGCCCCAAGAGCGGAAAGAGGACUUCCAAAGGACUUUUUCGAGUGGGCAAAUCGUCCCACAAGAAUCAGGAAGUGAGAGCCUCCACCGCCAAAAUCCUCCACCACCAAGAAGAACACCCCUCUACCGGCGAUGCUGCUGGUGGAGACCUUCACUCGGAAGCACGCAAUCCCACUGCCAUUUUGACAAAAGGCACCAUGGAAGAAAGCGGUGUGGAAGUUGUCUUGCCUUGCGCCUCCCAGUGUUUGGAUGAAACAGUAGGAGAAGAUGAAGACAAUGUGGAAAUAGAGCUACUCCCGUCGUCUUCUUCUCCCACUACUACUGGUACUAGUGAAGAGUCUCCUGAGAUUGAGGAGGAUGAUAAGGCGCCUUUCGUGAUGGAAGCUGCCGAGGCAAUGUCGCUAGAUGAAGACACGUACUUGAAUGGAGAAAGCACAGGGUGUACUACUGGAAGCAUGACUACCAGCGACAAUCUUCGACAAGACGACGACGACGACCACCGAAGCUACUUCUCGGCACAAUCCAAUCAUAGCUCUGUGGGUUCACUGCAUGUGGCCGAGCUAGUGUUGGGAGCUAGUAGUAGUAGUACUUCUUUGGGAGAUGAUGACGAAUCAUUGCUGUCUCCUUCACUGGAAGGAAUCCCCAUGUCAAGACCCUUGUCAACGCGAGACGAUGACGAAUAUGAGGAGGAAAUAGUGCGGCAGAAGACUCCAGAAGAAAAGAAGCCCAAUCCACAAAAGCUGAACUGUCUCCCGUGGACAAAUUGCGUUUGCGAAAACAACACAUACGAUGACAACCGCCUGUGGUUACCAGGCUGUCAAGGACAACAACGACAACAACAUCCACAACCACCGAUUCCAGCAAUCCAAAGGAUGGAAACGUCCGUUCUAGAAGCACUCGCAGACGGUAGUGGUAGUUAUGAAGAAUACAGAAUCCCACUCUUGUCGACAAGCUCUACCUUUUUGAAUCAAAACGACUACAACGACAAUCCCCUACAGAUGACAAUGUCUCCACAAUCCAUUACACGUUCCAGAUGCAAAGAGGACGACUGUAGCAGUUUAGAAAGGGAUGCCAUGCAGCAAGCAAGUGACACCCCCACCACCAUGGAUGUCGAGGAGGAGGACGAACUGUUUUAUAGUGUACGGGAUUGGGAUGCGAGCACUCGCAGACGCGAUCGCCCGCUCUUUGAUGUACGUGAGCUCGUGCACUUGGGCAGUGACCACGGCAGGGAGGGUUCCCGUGCGACGCAUGGGAGACGUUCGACGAUCUACCACGAUAGUCACUCGGGUGUCGUCGACGAAUCCUUGUUUACAUCGUGCAGGCAAUUUGACAUGGUGGUUGAAACAAUGGAAGAAAGCUCGGAGCAGCAGCAACGUCUGCCCACCAUCGAUUCGGCUGUGGAAGACGAAAUAAUGUCGAGACAGAAUUCUUUGCCGUCUCCCGCAGUGUCAUCCAUUCGCAGUUUGCUGGUGGGGAGCCUGCCAAUGGAUCCGCAGGACACACCCAGUGUUUCAAUUCAUGCAUCCCAUGUACAUUCCUCAGAUGAUGACAUCAUAGAACCGAGUCCGUCGCCUUCCGUGUCCUGCAGUCGGAGCUUGGCAGUCGGAGAGAUUCCAGACCGCAACAACAAGCAAGCCGACGGAGUUGUCAUGCAAACGCAGACAAGGGUUACUCAAGUCAAGAGUGUCGAGGAACACGAGUAUGGUCGAUUUGCUCAUGUCAAGAGUCAGGAAACGGCAGACGAGACUGAUGUGGUGAAGGAAAUGCAGGCACUAAUUCGCGAAAUAACAGAUUGCAGCGACCACGCUUGGGGGAACAAAGAGAGUGAACUAAUUUCACCCAAGACGAAUGCAAGCUUUGAGUUUGACGUGGACGAUUUUGUGGACACGGAUAUCUUGGUACACAGGUCGCCGAUCAAGCACGGCAUUGACUUCUCCCGAUUAAACUCUGAUGAUUGCAAUGAAAUUGAUGUUGAUGAUCUGCAUGUAAUGUCAUCGUUGACAUACCCUGACUAUGGAGGGGGGCAUCAAGGCGAUGACUUGAUGAAAUAUUCCCGGCAUAAUGAUACAGAGAUUGAUGUUGAUAACUGGGAGGAACCGGACAUGUUAAAGGUCAAUUCUGUCAAAUGUGAUGAAGUAGAUCUUGACGCAUUUGAGGAGAUGCGAGCAUUGAUCAACGAGGUCAAGGUGAUUCACAAGGUCAUUGAUGAUGACGCUCGGCACGAUCAAAUUGGGAGCUGUGACGAGCGCUUGGACGCUGCUGUUGAUGCGUUCGAGGAGCUAAGGUGUUUAAUGCAGCAAGUGAAGAGUGCGGAACACCAAGAAGAAGAAAUGCCUGGCAGCGCUAACGCUUGCGUCAAGCCACAGAAAGUCCACGACGAAGUUGCAACGAAUGCCGAAGGGGCUACGGUCCCCGUGGUUUCACCAGAGCCCAACAAGGUUCGUUCUUUGGGUCGCAGUGAUGAUGGUAAUCGAAUGGUUGAUGGCUGCAGCGCGAAGGAUCAAAAGUUGACUGUCACUCCUGAUUUGGGGAAGAUCGAGUCGUAUUCCGAGGAAGCAGAGUGUCAAUCGUUGGGGUCGCACGCGGAAGUGAAUCUGUCGGCUUUUCUGGAAUUGAUUGCAAAAUACAAGGAGCACGAUGUAAAACCUGACCGAGAAAGCGACCAUGCGCCUCAUGUAGCAACGGUUGAUGAAGAAUGCGCCGUGAAGGUUGAGGGAAGAGAAUGUGCGAAUUCGCGCCGAGAUUUUGCAGGGCAGCAAUUGGAGGCGGUUUCCCCAGACACCAACAGGAAGGGAGCAAAGAAUGUUGCCGGUGGAUUUUCGGAGCCCCUUGUAUCAAGCCCAAGCCCAUUCAUAAGCCCCCAAAACAUGACGCCCAAAGAAAAGAACCAGUUGUUAGUGCGAGAACUCAGGCACAUCCAAAUGCAAGGCGAUCAACGAGACAUGUUCCACUUCAUACAUGAUGGGCAUAGAAGUGAGUCUUGGCGCCAGCAUGAAGAGGAAUGGCAAGCUCAAGAAAGAGAAAGGCGUCUGUCCCUUCCAAUCUUGCCACCUGCGUCGAGCAAAUAUGAGUUUGCGAAUACAUCAGAUGAUCAUGCAAGAAGGCGCUUGACCAUUAGGCCAAAAAGUUCACGAAAUCUGGUGCGGGAGCUGAAAUUCGUUCAAACUCAGGGAGACGAAAUCAUGAAUUCAAUCGAUGACAAGGUGAAGUCGUGGCAGCAAGAGGAAUCUAACCGUCAACUUCUCGAAGACGUGGACAAAUCGCUCAGUUCUGCGUCCAGCUCUGCGUCCAGCAGUACGGACGCCAUGGAAAGCCAGGAAACAGGGCCUGAACAAGUGACGGUAGUGGACGGAAACAUGAACAAAUCAAGGCAGAAAAGCGCACUGAGGACAUCAGGAAACACUGAGAGCACGCACUCUGUCAGCGAGAGUGGCUCGGACCGGCGCAUUGAAAGGGCGGAUGCGAGUGUGACUAUCCCCCAAUGCGAAGGACAGAACCCUGUCACGCCCAUCUCAGGUUAUGGCCAAUGGCAUGCUCCGGCGGAAAUGAUUGCGGUUUUUGAAGACUUUGUCCGAACAGCAGUUGUCACUCCGGAACAAGCUGGAGCGAACAGUGACUGCGGAACCAUUGAAAUAACCGUUUACUCGUUCUUGAGGUCCCUCGCUUCAGAUGAGGAAGAGUGGACGGUCAGCGAUUGCCUCGAAGAAAAGGAAGACAGAUUCGGAUAUUUCGAUUUUGACAACCUCCACGACGAGGUCGAAGAAGAAGUUGAAGAACAGGGAUCAGUUGGUGAUGGUGUGAACGACAACGUCUCUGCAGUGAGCGACUUGACGUUGCCAUCUAUCAACAGUCACAAAGUUACGAUAGCAUCUCCUACUGAGCCAGAGCCACCUCUUCGCAAGGUCACAUUCCCCAAGAAAGUUGCACCAAAACGCAGCUUACCUUUCCAGCAAGUCAGGCUGAAGAAGUCGUUUACAAACCCACCUCGUCUGCCUCAAAUGAGGCAAGCCGCUCUUCUUCGAAUGUACCGGCAACAGCUAAAGCACGUGGAGACUGUCGAGGAAGGCGGUAAAUCUCACCAUCAGGUCUCUGAAGCACCGUGGCAGAGAGUUGUACAGCGGUGCUUUAGUGAUAAACCAACCCAGGGCAGCCACUCUGAACUGGCCAAAUCCGAGGCAAAUGAGAGCGACAAUUGCACCAGUCGCAUCCCCCGGAAGCCCUACAAAACUGAUGCCAGUAAAUGCAUCCUCGAUUUUGAUUGGGAUGAGUUAGACGAGCUGGUCGACGACGAUAACGCAUCUGGGAACCGUCACCCACCCGUGGGCCUCACCAAUCGUAACAAGAAACGCACCGCUGGACACCUGGAUUCACCAAUGAGCCCAUCGGAUGUCGAGUUUCUCCCGCCUGCCGUUGUGACGAAUCCAUCUUUCUGUCCACCCACACCAAAUUCGAUCAGUAAGUCAAACUGUUACUAUUCGAGUGUAUCCGUCUCCUUCUUGGCGUCCACUCUACGAGAACAAACAAUCUUGGAUGUGAUGGAAGAAGCUCUUCGGAUUCUUCGGAUUGGCGGCAUACUGAAUGUCCUUGACAUGAACGGGGAGGUUAUGGACAGGAUCCGACGCCAGCCUCAGCUCGAGUUUUUGGUCUUUCAGAGAGCCACGGCGAAAGAUCAGGAACGACACGAAACAAACACUUUUUCAAUCCUGGAGAAAAGUGGGCUGCAAACAAAAUUCGACAUCAACGAUUCUCGAAUUUUUCACUGGACGGCAAUCAAACGAGACCGAGCGUCGCUCAAGGCGGAACCUUUGACGCCAGCAUCAAUUGAAUUCCGAGAAGUUUCAGGCCAGCAAAGCGGAGCUCUGAAAACGGAGACAUUAGCUCUCGGUGGAUUGGAUCAGGGGUCUUCGCCUAUUCAGAGCCCUCUCCAUGUUGCUGAUGAAGAACCUAAGAUAAGAGCAGGAUCUCUACCUUAACGUUGCACCGUGCAGCUUAGAGGAAAGAUAGCAAGGGAAGACAGGGACAAUGCGAACGAAGUAUUGACGAGAUUCUCCAAGGAUGUGGCUCCACCAAGCAACAGAAUGAGGCAGAGCACCUACACGUACAUUGACUACAUGUCACAAUGGAAAGAAUCCUACUGUACCUAAAAGAAAACAAGCAGAGCUUGCAGCAGUAUCAAGGCGAGAGGAAGUAAAAGCAGCAACCUUUGCCGCAACCUCGAGCCGUACCUCCCGAGAGCCUAUCUUGUCUCGGUUGGAUAAGAUUGCGAGCUGGUCUUGUACGGAUUGUCAAGAAGAUUGGGAUGGGUCAUGGGAUUUGUAUCAAGUAAGAGUAAAGAAUAGAGUACCUUGUAGCAGUUUUGAAAGGCUUUCGUUUCUGUCGUAGACACUUUCUUUUGAACGCGUAUUCCAGGUGCCGGUUUUGAUAGAUACCAUUGCCUCUGGAGAAGUACGGUACAGUACGAUACAUAAUUUUACUUUAUAAUAAAUAACACUACUGGUACGAAUACUGUCUUG